GAUACUGAACUAAACAAGGAAUUACAUCACUUUCGUAAGGACUACUGCUAGAAAUAGGAUUUUUAGCGCGUGACGGUGUCGUGGGGGUACUCAGCCCAAGCACGUCAGUCCGCUACGGUUGCUUGUUCCCCAACAGCAGUAGCACUACCAAUUUCCACCCAAUAGAACAAGACUCCUCGCACAGGAGCUCGCUGAAGUUCGGGAAUAAAAUCUUCAAGCAAGAGCUGCCUUGCUAGUGUCAUGGCAAAAAUGACGGACGGUGCAGAUCAGGAAAACGUGACAACGCCCUCGGACACGAUUGUCCUCUUCGAUGUCGACGGGACCCUAACAAAACCGCGGCUCUCGAUUGAGCCGCCGAUGAUGACCACGCUCAAGAAAUUGAGACAAAAAGUCAACAUCGGCGUGGUUGGCGGGAGUGACUUGCCGAAGCAGAAAGAGCAAUAUCAACUGUAAAAAUGUCUGGGUCUGGAAGAUUCCGACACGUGUCACGCACGUUUUGCAUGAGCCAUGAUGUCUGUGAUGCAUACCCUAGCAAUACAGAUUUUUUGAGGGCUUCUUGAUGCCUAUUCCGCAUGACAAAUGCCUUCUCAGCGUAGCAAAAAUUGCAUUCCGUUUGCCACUCAUGCAAUACACAUUUUUUUGGAAUCUAAAUACAGCAUCACAAGUUGCAUUCUUCCAGACCCAGACAUUUUUCCAGUUGAUAAGCAACUCGGGCCGACAACUCUGCAAAUGUUCGAUUACAACUUCGCAGAGAACGGGGUUGUCGCGUACAAGAACGGCAAACCCAUGAAGGAAACAUCGUUCGCAGAAUUCUUAGGCGAAGAAAAGCUGAAGAAGCUGAUAAACUUUUGCCUCCACUACAUCGCUAUGCAUUGCAAAUAUGUCUGGGAGGUCUGGAGAAGUGCCAGGUUUGUCAUGCAUAUUUUCGAAAACCGAUGAUGCAUAAUUCUCUAGCAACAUCACAGAUGCUGCAGGAGCUUCUGAUGCUUAUAGCGCAUAAAAAUGCCCUCUUCUCGUAGCACAAAAUGGACCCCUUGUGAUGUUCAUGCAAGAGAGAUUUUUGUACUUGUAGGAUCCUGAGGCCGCAUCACAAGUUUGCAUCCUUCUAGACCCGAACACAUUUGCAGCGGAUAAUUGCGGACCUGGAUUUACCCGUGAAGCGGGGCACAUUCAUUGAAUUCAGAACGGGGAUGCUCAACGUCAGCCCGAUAGGCAGGAAUUGCAGCAGGGAAGGUAAGGGGAGUUCUCCAAGUGUGAACAUAUUAGUAGUAGGUUUGCGUUACUGCAUGACGUCAAAUUCAAAACAUGAUCCUUUCCCCAUGUGCCUCUCCAGUACAACGAAUGAGAUUAACGGUUUUUUCUUGAAAUCAACAACACCACAGAGCGCAACGAGUUUGAGAAGUUCUGUCUUGCAAACGACAUAAGGAAGAAAUUCGUGGAAACUCUGAAGAAGGAAUUUGCGGAUUUCGGCCUCACUUACAGCAUCGGGGGACAAAUAAGUUUCGACGUGUUUCCGAACGGUAUGUGAUUUGAUAGUAGUACAGACGCUGCAUAGUAAAAGAGUACAACUUCAAGUUCAACUCGGGAAAAAAAUUCGGUGGAAUACGAAUAAUUCUAUCUUCCUGCUGUAGUUUCUGCAUGAACAUAUGAUUGAGUUUGCAAUGCAUAUGAGGGCGUGAUCGGGCUACAACUGCCAAGCAAUUUUCCGAAAUUUUUACUAGGCUGGGACAAGACCUUCUGUCUGCAGUACCUCGAAGACAAAUACGAGAAGAUUUACUUUUUCGGAGACAAGACGUUCCAGGGCGGCAACGAUUUUGAAAUCUUUUCGGAUAAGCGGGUGAAGGGGAACACGGUGAAAGAUCCGGAAGAUACGAUAGCGCAGCUGCAGCAGCUGUUUCCCGAGGCAUUUUAGAGUUCUUGAAAGAAUUUCACGACGACAAGCAAGCUCCGAUAAUCUGGGUGAUGAGUUUAUUCUAUUGGGGAUGAUAGAAUAUCAGAGAAGGCACAACUGUUGUGCCUCGGACAAGAAAAAAAAUGAACACGCUUUUAUGAAAGAGAUGAUGAAGAACAUCCAGACCGAAACUUCUGAAUGAAGGCAUUUGAAUGAAAUGAUAACCGUAACCCAGGUGCGUGCC